AUGGAAGGUGGCGGCCGCAAGAGGGGCACGGCCGAUGGCGCUAACGGCGCCUUCGUCGGCGGGAAGCGCACGCGAGAAUCGGAGCCAUUUCAAACCGGCGUAGGAAGCAAACUGAAGCCAUGCAUCAAAUUUUUCAGUACCGCUGGCUGCCCGUUUGGCGAGGGUUGCCACUUCCUCCAUUGCUUCCCUGACGGUCACCAGGCUGUUGCAAAGAUGAGCAACCUGGGUGGCCCAGUAUUUGCAGAUCCGCCAAGAAGAAUGACAGUGGGACCUGCUGUUCCUAAUGGCGCCCUCACACUAACUUUUAAGACUCGCUUGUGCAACAAGUAUGACACUGCAGAGGGAUGCAAAUGGGGUGACAAGUGCCACUUUGCACAUGGUGAGGGGGAACUCGGCAAGCAUAUGUUCAUGAACAACUCAAUGCCGCCCCAUGUGGGACCAAAGCCUACCGGUCACUCUGCACCUCCGGCAAUGCUCACCCCUGGCAUGACCACUCCAGCAAGCUUCGGGGCUUCCGCCACAGCCAAGAUCAGUGUUGAUGCACCCCUUGUAGGUGCCAUCAUCGGGAAGGGUGGAAUCAACACAAAAUAUAUAUCCCGAGUCAGCGGGGCUAAGCUGGUCAUCCGGGAUCACGAAUCAGAUGCCAGCUUGAGAAACAUUGAGCUUGAGGGCACAUUUGAUCAGAUCAAUGAUGCCAGUGCUAUGGUCACGGAGCUGAUUGUCAGCAUUGAUGGCAACAGCAGCGCCCCUCCGCCAGGCCUGAACCUAGUGGGAGGAUCUCACCGCAGCGGAGGGCCAGGAAGCAACUUCAAGACCAAGCUGUGCGAGCACUUCACCAAAGGACCCUGCACUUUUGGUGAAAGGUGCCACUUCGCCCACGGCGAGAAUGAGCUGCGCAAGUCAGCUUCUGCGUGA